GAAAUAUAUGUGUCAUUGUUCUGUGGUACAACUCCCAUAGUUUAACGUUGAACACAAUGUCGUCAAAUGGCAUACGGGUGAAAUAUAGUAGUGGGUGGGCUAGACAGCACAAAAAAAUACUUAGAAUACGACGAUACGCCCACAUACUUCUAAAUAUGGAUUGGUGAGGUACAAAGACUCUAGACUAGACUAUCGUGUCCCAUCCGGUUUCACUGCCGGGAGAACAUUGUUGAUCAUUUGGAACAUUAGCUACUCACUCACUCCCUGUGGUGUUGCUGCACCGUCUCGAUCAAGAAAAAUCACAUCGGAUUCUCCUGGAAUUCCUCGCUGCAUGUGCGCUAGCUGGCAGGAGUGUACCAGAAGUCUAGUCCCGCGUACAUGUGUGCUUUACCUUGCCGACUAACGUUACACACUCACACCAGACCGACAGACUGUGGCGGAGACUGCGAGCGGACGACAGACCACAAGUUAGGGUUGGGCAAGGACACGAAGUUGGCUACAUUUGUAUUGUUUCAAUGAUGUCUAUGCAUUGUUCUGUAUUGUAAUCGUUGCUAGCUAAUACGUCCAAAGGAAAGAUGUGACUAGAUACGUUGCAUUCAGACAUGCUAACGUAGUUGGUAUAGCUAGCUAGUGGUCUGUAACAAUCAAGUAGCCAACGUUAGUUAGCUAACUUCAAAAGCCAGAAAUUGGAGUAGCUAGCUGUUAUGCUAAAACUGCAGCUAGCUACUGAACUAUAAUCCUAGCAGGAGGGACACAGAAACGGCUAGAUUCUAACAGAAUAGAAAGAGUAUUGCGCCCCUACAACACGGAAGGAGUUGCAAUAGAUAUGUAAUAACUAACCAUAUAAUAAUGCAGAUUUUUUUGGGGGGUGCAUCCCAGGUUUCCUAUCCAUUCUACUACACUGAUGUGGGUGUAGUAGUCUGAGUGACUGACAAGACCAUUGAAAAGAAACAGAGACGAGAUGAUUAGUACCAAGAGGAAAGCAGAAGGGCAAUCUAGGACCAUGGGCAAACUACGAACUGUGAAGUCUGGAAGCUCCAGAACAGACUCGGAGAGAGACUCUGGCUUCUCAGAUGCCAGCACCAUAGACCUGACAGAUUCUGAGGACUCAUCUCGCACUGUGUCCAAGAGAGAGGCUCAGCGCCCUGCAUCGGGGUCUCACCCCUCACAGCUAGCUGUGGUGGGGGGGUCCUACUCCAACAUGUCCCCCAUUAUCAUGAAAAAUGUCCUCCUAAAACAGCCCAGGAACAACCCUCCCUCUCAGAAGCCAUGGGGGUUCAGCCCAGCUGUGGAGAUGGUCCAGCAGCCUCAGGUGGUCUUCGUCCAGCCUGUUGUCUCCCCUGUGGUCUCCCACUGCACCACACCCAACCCUAAGGAGGCCUCCUCCAAACGCCGGCGCCCCAAGAAGUAUCUUCCCAUCCUCAGGUCCUACCCGAAGAUCGCCCCUCACCCUGGAGACAGUUCGAGUUCCUCUGGGAGAGAAAGCUCUUGUUAUUUCCCCUCUUCUUCCCCCUCGGCCUCCAGCCACGGGGAACACCAUCACAAUCACAGAAACAAACAUCAGAGGCACCAGUCUAGUAGUUCUAGCUGUGGUUCUUCUGGUUCCAGCACUCCCAGUCUCCCCUCUCAAUCUAGCUCCCUGUCCCCCUCUCCCCAGCAUAGGCUCACCCCCUCCCUCACAGACUCCAGUGCUUGCAGCAGCCCUGCAAGAUCCUCUCUCGCCGUCAGUAGAUCAGAGUUCUCCCCAGCCCCGUCCCCUGCCUUAACCGUAACCCCUUCAGACACCCUCACCUCUGAGGUCCCUGAGAAAACCAAGACCCUCUCCCUCCCACAACCCACCGUUGCCACAACCAACGACAACUGCUGCCACGAUGACGGCAACCACGACGACAAUGGCGAUGACCAUGACAUAAAGCGCAAGCGUUUCUGCAACACGUACAACAUCCUGUCCAAGUCUGGCCUGCUGGAGAUCACCCUGAGUACCAAGGACCUGAUUCGUCAGAACCGCAGGACCCAGGUAGACCUGGACCGGCUCAAGGAGCACACCAACCUCUUCCUGCAGGCCCUGCAGACCGGAGAUACCAGCAUCUGGAGCAAGCUGCAGACCAGCCUCCAGGAAGAGCAGGAAGAGAAAGGCAGUGGGCAGCAGAGCAGCUUAAAGGCUGAUACAGAUUAGAUUUGAACUAAGUAAAAGCAGGGUUUCAUCUGUUAGACUGGGUAGAGACUGAGUUGAGGUGGGGGAGGCUGAGGCAGCUAGACUGACAGUAAUAUGCCCACAAUGAUCACAUAGACAUAUACUCUGACCUACAUACUAGCAGUAGUCUCUCCUAGCAGUAUAUAUAUAUAUAUAUAUAUAUAUACUAUAGCCUGCCUGCCUUACCCCAGGCCAGGUUGGAUGGGAGGCUUCUGUACAAUAUGAAAUCACUCUAUUCCCCAUAAACUGCACUACUGUGACUCUAGUGCACUACUUUGAUUCUAGUGAAAGUCUACACACCCCUUGCACAGUCUUCACAGUUUGCUGCCUUAAAAUUAAAUCAAUUUUCUUUCCCUACCGAUCUACUCCACAUUUUCAUAUUGAAAGUAGAGAAAGUAGACUGGGAGACCCAUGGGGCGGCGCACAAUUGGCUCAGCAUCGUCCAGAUUAUGGGACGGUUUGGCUGGCAGGGGUAUCCUUGUCCGAUGGGGCACUAGCGACGCCGGACGCAGACACGGUAGCCGGGUGUACGGUGUUUCCUCCAACACAUUGGUGUGGCUGGCUUCCGGGUUAAGUGGGCAUUGUGUCAAGAAGCAGUGGUUGGGUUGUGUUUCGGAGGAUGCACGGCUCUCAACCUUCGCCUCUCCCGACUCAGUACGGGAGUUGCAGCGAUGAGACAAGACUGUAACUACCAAUUGAAUACCACGAAAUUGGGGAGAAAAAGAGAUUAAAAUUAAGAAGAAGAAAAAAAGAAAACCAUUCUGGUGUUUCUUCGACAUUAACUUUUGUUUAUUGUCCCGUGGGAAAAAUAAAACUUCCAAGCGUAGGUUAUCAGAAAACUGCGGCGGGUUUCCCUUUAACUUUUUACCUGAGCUUUGCUCCUUAGUCCCUGUCCUUAGUCCCUUCCCUUUAACUUUUUACCUGAGCUUUGCUCCCUAGUCCCUGUCGGUGACAAGCAUACCCAUAACAUGAUGCUGCCAAAAAGUUUAUUUAUAUAUUUAUUUGCUGUGUUGUCUUGCAGUAUUGUUCAACGUCCUUGUUGCAAACAGAAAGGAUGAUUUGAAGUGUAUUUAUAACACAGGCUUCAUUCUUUUCAAUUUGUCAUAAAGACAAGUAAUGUGGAGUGAAUGCAAAUGUUGUUGAUCUUCUGUAUUUUCAAGUAUUGUGGUGGCAGCAUCAUGUUAUGAGUGUGCUUGUCAUGCUGGGUAUCUCUGAGAUAAGCCAUAGGGGGCUGUUUUACUGAAAGCUGUAAGUGUCCACCAACUGACACUUUAACCAGUUAUAGUUAUGACUUGAAAUGGGGCAUGCUGAGUAAAAUAGGCCUAUUUUGAGGAAAGCUUGCGUGGUAUGGUUAGUGAGAGUGCUAGAAUGGGUACCUGAACUGAACCCAACAAACAAACAAAAUUCAAAUGUAUGGUCUAAAUUUAAAAUGAAGAUCUUUAACGAUAUGUUUUACAAUAAAUAGCCAGUAGGUUUCCACUGUAAAAUGUCUAAGAAUGGAAAGCAGGCAACAUAGAAUACUUUUUUCCUUUGUGAAUUCAUGGACUUCUGGACAAGGAAAGACAGUGAUUUACCUAAAGACUCCUUCAGGACUCCAGUGAGGAUUCUGUUCAUCAAAUAAUUUUUUUAAACAACAAAGACUGAUGUAAGAAAAUGUUCAAGGCCUUAUCAAAAAGCUGAACUUUAUUUAAAACCUUGUAUUGUAUUUGCAUGGGAAGUUACUCCCAAGUAAGACUAAGUUGGCACAAUUUAUCAUGAGGUUGAAGUUAUUUUUAAACCUGCGAUUGUGUUUUUGUAAUAGACCAAGCAUCAUAUCUUCCUGUCCUAUGUUACUUUCAUGGCCUUAUUUAGACAAUUGAUUAUGUGGUGUUCAAUUACUUUAUGUAUUUUUUCAAAUAAGGAGUUCUCCAUUAGAAGACAGACUGUCAGAUGUCCAGUAGCCCUUAGUGACAUAUCUUGUUAUUUAGUCCUGCAAAGCAUUGGAGUGCCUCGAAGUUGUUACAAAUGCAAAGAAGGUGAUAUAAUUUGUGUUUUACAGCCUAAAAUGCAAAUAACAGUAGAUGUUAUCUUCAGUGUAAGUAGUAAUAGGCCUCAGGGAAGCCAUUUUAAAACUUGAGCUUCCUGAAUUUCUCAUCUAUAAGAACUGCAUAACACCUGUAUGUGCUUGUUACCACAGUUCAAAUAGGUAAAAACUGUAAAAGUUUGUCUUAUAUUUAAAUGUUGGCAGCUGUUUUUCUAUCGUUGUUAUCCUGCCUCCUCAUCGCAAGGAUAUGAAUGAAAUGUAAUUAUAUUUAUAUUUAUAUUAUAAGCUCAAUGUUUCAAUAGCACAGCAGUAGUAGCUUGUGGUUGAUAACAAAAUUAGAAAAUUGUAUUUAUUUAUUUCACCUUUAUUUAACCAGGUAGGCAAGUUGAGAACAAGUUCUCAUUUACAAUUGCGACCUGGCCAAGAUAAAGCAAAGCAGUUCGACAACAUACAAAAACACAGAGUUACACAUGGAGUAAAACAACAUACAAUCAAUGAUGCAGUAGAAAAAUAAAUAAAAAAAAUAAAAAAAAUAAGACUA